CGGCGAUGAUACUCAAUGGGGGCCGUUACAGGUUUAAGCUUUUGGUCUCUGGGGCGUCUUGACAACCUUGCGCUACUCCGCGCUUCGUAUGCACAUUUCGGCGCUAGAUAUGCAAAUCCUCCUCAUGAGAUACUUUAAAAGCACAGUUUUCUGACCCUCUUACAUUAGAGCCGGGUACUUUCUCUUAGCGGAUAUAAAUGGGUAGACCCCGAAGGCCUGCCACGGGCGAAACAGGUUUGAAGCCAUUCAUCCGAUUUUCAUAUCAUAGAGAAGCUCCUUGGGUUACUAGCAAACUAUUGCGCGAUACGCUGUCUCGGUAAGGCUCUGAUAUAGCAAAUGAUUGAUUAAGGGGUUGGUAUUUUCGUACUCAGGUAUCAUAAGGGUUUCUCUACUUCGACCGUGAACGAAACCUGCUGUUUUGCUCCAUCUAAGCCACCGACACAACCCUACAGAUGAAGAGGAUGCUAUGGCAUACGCAACUGGUCGCGAAAGGCUGGAGGCGGUUUCAGAAUUGCGACUAGAAUGAAAUGCUUCAUACAAGCGAGAGUAGGUAUACUAGAGGGUAUUGUCGAGCGGCCUGCCUGUCUAUUAUGAAGUUGCUGUAUCACACAAAACGGCACGUUCAUCCUUCCGGUCUCAAAACUGGGCAAUUAUUCAUUACUUAAAUCUAGCAGCUCUAUUGACCACGUCGCUCUCCGUUGGGCUAGAGGUGCCAUACUUCUUCCCGCAAUGUCAACGAAAGCAACCAAUAACAACAAUAACAACAGCGACGGCGCUGAAGCCGUCAACAACAAUAAUAACGGAGACAACAAUGACAACAACUAUCAAGUGGCCAAUAGCGAUGGCACCGGCAGCAGCGCGACAAACACCAACACCGGCAACGACACUGGAGGCGACAAUUCUCAAAUGAGCAGCGCCAUCGGCGCGAACAGCAGCGCGGUAAAUAAUAACAGCAACGUCGGCGGCUCGACCAUCUCCUUCGGCAACAGCGACAUAGCAGCCACUCUCACAGCCGCCACGAAGACCAUAUACGCCGCCGCGAUAGUCACAUUCGUCUCCCUCGCACUCCAAAUCGUCGUCCUCGGCGCGGUCCUCGUCAUCUGGCUUCGCAGGCGCAAACUCCAGCGCGGCGAGAAGACGGGAGGACGCCGAGAGAAGGGCGUUGUUUCGGGAUACGUGCAUCCGGUGAGAUACUGGAGCUUGCCGUCGGAUGCACAGCAGUAUGCCAACCCCGGAGUCCUUUGACUUCUAGAGCUUGCCCCCCUUCUUUUUUUACAUCAAAAGUAAUUACUGACACCAGCUAAUCAUAGUGAUCGGAGCCCGUGGCAGGACGUCCCGCCGUAUAGCUCGCCGAUCCGAUUCACGGGGCAGGAUGCUGCUGCUGCUCGGCCGGCGCCGGCGGCGACUGUGCGGUCUAGUAACUGUGCCGUACGGUCGGAGCUAGUUUGAGGUAUAGCCGAUACUUCCCCAGACGAUUUUGUCAAUUGUGCUGAAAGGGGCACAUCGGCCAAGCGUAAUACGGCGUCCGCGAUCGUGGGUAUUGGGAGUCUAAUUGAAUCGCAGGCCUUGAAGAGGAUAAUGGAUACUUUUUUUCCUUUUUAUGGGCAGAGUGCGUCUGCAUUUAGAUGGCUGGAGGGACCAGCUUGUGUAUUCCAUUUAGAUAAUGUGGGCGUCAAACCUCCAUGCGCUCUUUAGUGCAUAUGAGCAAGUGCUUUGGCUUUGACCAAUAUGAGUUAUGGGAGUCACGAAGAUCCUUUACGCAAUGUCAUGGAGAG